AUGGGAAACUCGCAUUCGUCAGUUUACACAUCUUCGAUUUCGGUAGAGAGAAACAAUGAAAUAAGUAAAACUAGCUAUAAUACAAAAUUUUCAAGCGAUAAAAGUGGUAUAGAAAAAAAAAAAAAAAAAAAAAAAAAACUAAAAAGUGAGCAAAGUGAAAGAAUUGAAAAAAGUGAAAAUAUUAUACUGAAAAAUUGCAUAAAUAAAAAUAACAUUGAACUAUUAAAAACAAAAAAUCGAGCAAAGAGAUAUAUUCCAAGUAAAUGUCUACUAAGAAAUUGCAUUUAUUGGGUAAACCAUAAAAUAAAUAACAAAAUAUAUUCAUUAAUGUUGGAAUUAAAAAAUGAGCCACAAUGCAAAAUUGUAGUUAUUAGUGAAAAAGGUAAUAUUAUAAAAAAUAUAUUAAUCAAAGAUAUUGAAGUAAUUGAAAGCUCCCUUGAUACAAUAGAUAUUUUUUUAAGAGUAAAUAAUGAAUAUACAAAUCAAAAAAAAUUUUGUUUAUGUAGUUUUACAUUUAAAAAUAACAAUGAUAAAGCAAUGUUUAUUCACAAUAUAAAAAACAUGUACGGUUUAGACGUAUUAGAAUAUGGUACCAUACAAUAUAAUAAAAUAAACACUCAAGAAAUAGAGGAAAAGUAUAUAUAUGAAAAUAAUGUUUUAAAUAUGGAAGAUAAUAAUAAUUCUCAGGUUUUAUUUGAAAACAUGAAUACUGAAUUAUUCGAAAAAAAUAUAGACAAACAUAAAGUAAAUGAAAUUAUAAAUACGGCAUUAGAAUUAGGACAAAUACAUAAUCCAGUUAUUAUUUUAGGAGAUAUGCAAUAUGGUGAUAUUAUAAAAGUAAAGGAGUUAAACUCAUUAAAUGUUGAUGAUGUUAAAAAAAAAAUAUAUAUACAUUCUGAUGGUUUUACACUUAUUGAAUGGUUCUUAUCAAAGGAUAUUGGGUCGAAUAAUAAAUUUAGAAAAGAAUCUAUUCAUAAUGGAAAUAACUUAUUAUUAAAAUCGUAUAUGAUAGGUUAUUUUAUAAAAGUCAAAGUUUCAAAAAAUAUUUAUGUUCAUAAUAAAAAAACUUUUGUUACAUCAAUAAAUGUAAAAGGCCCUGUAACAAUUAAUGAUAAUAUAGCAAAACAAGUAUUAGACCAUUUAACAAAUGCUAAUGAAUUUAUUCAAAUUUAUUUAUCUUCUUCUGACAUAUAUAAUAUCUUUUUUUCAUAUAUCGAUCCUAAAACGCACAUUUUAGGAUUAUUUAUUUUUUACCCAGCAUAUUUAUUUAUUAUGCGAACGGGCUUAAGAUUUGCAAUUACAUUAAAUAAAAAAAGUUAUUCUGUAGAUUUUUUAUGGAACUCAUUUUAUUUGACAAAAAAAGACAUAUUAUUUGAUAAGCCAACAAAUUUUGUUCCUAACUAUAUGGAUAUCUCAGAUAUCCAUUUAUACAUGAUAACGAAAAAAUCAAACGGGGAAAAUGUAAAAUCCAUAAUAAGAACAAAUUCAGCAAGCGAAAGAGAUAUUAUUUAUGCAACUAUUUUCUUUUGCAAAUAUCAAAAAGGAUUUGUGUCUAUAGAUCAAUUAGUACGCGAUUCUUUAGUUGGAUCUUUUAGCCAUUUGAAAAAAAAAUUUCAAGACAUAUUUAUAAAAUUAAAAGGAGUUGAUAUUAAAAAAAUAGAGUUAUACAAUAAAUACGGUUGGAAAAAUUAA